AUGUGCGAGUUUUCAAUCGCUGCCAAGCUUCGCAUCUCCGCCCAUUUUCUCGCACAUGUGCGUUCGCAAGUGCACCUAAAGUUCCGCACCUGCGGUGGCAGACCUGCUCCUCAGCUUCGCACUUGCGGCUGCCCAUGCGCAAGUGCGAUCAUACCAGAAGUUGUGGAAGCUUCAGCUCUCCUUCAAAAUUCCAAAAUUGAUCUGAGCCUCGUCCGGUUAACACUGGGGCCCGGGGGGGCCGUCCGAACAAACCAACAGUCUUGCAAUGGACUUUUGCUUUGCUCUACCAAACAUAAUCGAUUCACAUUUAAUGAGGAUUACUAUAUAUUCAACCCGACUACUCAACAAUUCAUCACACUUCCUAGACCAGGAGGAGAUGUUAUAGGGAUGAGUUUAGCCUUUGAUCCGUGGAAAUCGCCUCAUUACAAAGUCAUCUGUCUCCGAAUAUCUGAACUGGAACCUGAGAACCAGAUUGAGAUUUACUCAUCUGAAACUAAGAAAUGGAGAGUUUCUGGUCCAUCUUUCCCUAAACGUUACGAUAUAAGUUUCAGACAUGGACUAGUUUACUGGAAUGGAGCCAUUUAUGUGUCAUGUAACAAACGUUUCAAUUUGGAACAAGAGAAGUUUGAAGAAUUUCCUAUGCCUAAUUGCUUUGAUGGACAAGAGUGGGAUAAAGAGGAUCAUAGGAUUGUCUAUUUUGGAGAGUCUUAUGGCCAUUUGCACUUAAUACAAGUGAGUCACCAGAAACUAACUUUGUACAAUAUUUACGAGAUGAAAAAUGAUGGUACUGAGUGGUUCUUGAAAUACGAAGUGAAUGUUGAAGAUGUUGUGUUAGCAUAUCCUAGGAUAAUUCGACGUUACCUUGAGCCAACAGAUUUUCAUUACUAUGCCAUGGCUGUGGUUAAUGUUGUAAGAGGAGAGAAAGAGGAGGAUACUUUCUUGGUUUUGCAUAUUCCUGAAAUGGCCAUUCUACGUUACAAUUUGGCAGAUAAGUUAUUCCAUAUGCUCUGUGAUUUUGAUAGUGGCCAAGAUAAUGGUAUUCUUGAGGAAUUUGAUGAAGAACUUGCUGUGUGUCUUCAUUUUCAUAGCUCAAGCACUUACCAAUAUAUUGAAUCUACCUAUUAUUGGUAA